CUUCCACUCAUUUCUUUCUUUUCUCUCUUUAACUUAAACUCGGGAGCGGGGGCGUAAGCGAUUUACAUUUCAUUUUAAAUAUAAAUGGAAAACGGCAACGGCAACGGCGGUGUAAAUCAUACGAUCAGCUGCGACGAUGUAAUUUCCAAGUUGAAGGAUGACGGAGAUUUCGAUCGCCUCCGUCUCAAGAUUAUCCGCAAGCUUAAGGAAAACGAAGAGUUGCGAAAGAGCAUUGUGUCAAUGGUGAAGCAGUCGGUGGCACUUAACCGCCCUGGAGCUGAGAACAUGAAGCCUCGUCAACUAUCCGAUACCAUCCAUCAAGAAGUCGGGGACAGAGUAAACGAACAAAUUUCCAACGGGCUUUGGGAAAUAAUCCGAUCACCCGAUGGCGGCAUCAAAACCGAGAUCACAGAAACCGUAAAAUCAGUUUACAACAAACUCUCAACACCAAAUCCCGACCCAAAACGAACCCGCAUACAAAACAAUCAAAUUGACAUCAACUUACCCCAACAACAACAAGAAGAAAAAGAAACACUCCAUCAAUCAAAACAAGUAUUGGAGAAGGAUGCUGUGGAUCCAAGUUCACCACCUGGAUUUGGAUUUUCUACAGGUAAAGAUAAAGAUGAAGGCGAUGAUGGUAGUGAUGAAGACCCCGAAGCACCCCCUGGGUUUUGUUAACGUUUAAAUUUUUUUAAUUGCUGCUAACAACAUUUACACUUUAUCACCAUGGAUUUUAUCAUUUUAUAGCAUCGGGUUUUAGAUUAAAAAAAAAAGUUAGCUAUUGCCUC